AUGCGCAGCCGGCAGCCCCCAGCGGCCCCGGACGCAACCCAAGGCUGCGGGCAGCGACCUCGCCGGCCCUACGGCGGGUGCCAGCUCUCCCCACCACAGCGUCCUCUCCAGGCCUCGGCCGUGCUGAGGAGGGUCUCUGAUGAGCAGAAGAAGGAGCCGUUGGCAUCUUCCUCUCAGCAGCAGUUCGAUUCACAUCCGACCGAUCACCAGCCUGAAGAGGAACCUCAGGGCCCUCGCCCCAGUUACACUGGCCAGGGCGGCCAGGAGUCUGAGGACUAUGAGAGCGAGGAGCAGCUGCAGCAUCGAAUCCUCACAGCAGCGCUGGAGUUUGUGCCUGAACAUGGCUGGACUGCAGAAGCCAUUGCAGAGGGAGCCAAGACCCUGGGUCUCUCUGUUGCUGCCGCAGGGAUGUUUCACAGUGAUGGCAGCGAGCUGAUCCUGCACUUUGUGUCUCAGUGCAACACCAAGCUGUCAGAGCUGCUGGAGCAGGAACAAAAAUUAGUGCAGUUGGGCGAAGCAGAGAAGAAGCCUACAGAUCAAUUCCUGAGAGAUGCUGUGGAAGCCAGACUGAGGAUGCUGAUUCCAUAUAUUGAGAAAUGGCCCCAGGCUCUGAGCAUCCUGUUGCUCCCACAUAACAUCCCUUCCAGCCUCAACCUCCUCACCAGCAUGAUCGAUGAUAUAUGGCACUAUGCUGGAGACCAGUCCACAGAUUUUAACUGGUACACUCGCCGGGCUGUGCUCACUGGCAUCUACAACACCAGCGAACUGGUGAUGAUGCAGGAUUCAUCCCCUGACUUCGAGGACACUUGGCGCUUCCUGGAAAACAGAGUGGCUGAUGCCAUGAACAUGGGCAAUACAGCUAACCAGAUUGCAUCCCGGCAGCUCGGGCCCGAGAUGGCUCCUAUUACCGGACCUUCAGUCUGUCCGUGCCGCAGAUCCCCCGCGCAGAUAAACGGGAGGAACUAG